AUAUAAUUACCAAAUUCCUCCUCAUAGUAUGAGACCAUGUUCACUUCAAUUUCAUCCAGUCACAACAUUUCACCUUGUCACAAAAUUUAAAGAAAAAAAAAACAGGAUAAUCCUUCCUUAUCUUUCUCAUCAUAUAAAUUAAAAGUGGAAGAAAGACAAAUUGCGUCCUAAUCAUAUCCCAAAAGCGAAAAUUAUAUGAACGAAAGCAAUUUGAGCCCCUUACAGUGAAUAUAAUUCAAUGGAUAAGGAGUAUGCCGGGUCCGGUUUGUGCAAUUCGCAGUUAUUUAUUACUGUAAGUCUCGAAUAGAAUAGCAUCUCCCCAAAAGAAGUUGGAUAUACCUCUCUUCUGUUAUUCCGAAGCUCCAUAGCAGGCAUAUUCGCCCGCUAAAACUCAUUUCUAUUGAGGUCAAGACCAAUAUCCCCUUUCCUAAGUCUCCAGACUACAACAAAAACAAAUCGAUGCUGUUCCAAUCUCCGAAAACAACUUUAUUUUACAAUCCCAUAAUUUCUCUAAAACAUGGAAUAAUCUCUUUCGUCCGUUCGAUGUUUAAUAGGCAAGUGGGGUCCGCAACUAUAUUAAGUGAAAGUAUAAAAACAGGAAACUUGUGCAUAUUCACUCGCGAUUGCGAAUCAGAUUGCAUUGCAUCUAAGUGGCAUCAUCUCAAAGAGUUUCUGUGAGUGGCCUAAAAUGUUUUACACUGUUAUCUUCUUCCUUUUUACCACUGCCCUUUGGCUGUUUUUGGAUUCUCGAAAACCGAAAAACUAUCCACCAGGACCAACUUGGUAUCCAAUACUGGGCAGUGCCCCUCAAAUAGCUCAAUUAAGAAAGAAGCAUGGACUAUUUUGUUAUGCCGCAGGGGAAUUGAAUGACACUUACGGCAAAAAAGGAAUUAUUGGACUGAGAAUAGGAAAAGAUAGACUUGUUAUCGCCUACUCGCAUCAGGUAUCUAAGGAGCUAUGCUACAACGAAGAUCUAGACGGACGACCAACAGGCAUUUUCUAUGAAACGCGUACAUGGGGAACUCGAAAAGGGAUCAUUCUUACGGAUGAGGACUUUUGGAGUGAACAACGUAAAUUUCUUGUCAAACAUCUUAAAGAAUUUGGAUUCGCUCGUCAAGGAAUGGCCGAAUUAGCACAGAAUGAGGCGCAAUAUUUAUUCGAGGACGUACAAGCCAUGGUCAAACAACAAGGUGGCAAGUCUGCAAUUAUUCCUGUGCAGAAUUUGUUUGGUGUUUACGUGUUGAACACUUUAUGGACUAUGAUGGCUGGAGUUCGAUAUGACCGACAACAUGAUGAGCUCAAAGAAAUUCAAUCACUUUUUCAUGACCUCUUCAAGAACAUCGACAUGGUUGGAUGCAUGUUUAGUCACUUUCCCUUCUUACGAUACAUAGCACCAAAUUCAAGUGGUUACAAUCAUUUCCUGGAGCUACAUGCAAAGCUUUUUAGUUUUAUAGCGAGAGAACUGGAGAAACAUAAGAAGGUAUUCCAUCCGGGAAACGAACCAAGGGAUUUGAUGGACAGUUAUCUUCAGGAAUUAUCUGAACCCAACAUAAAAAGCAGUUUCUCUGAAAAACAGCUUUUAGCAGUUUGCUUGGAUAUGUUUUUGGCUGGUUCAGAAACUACCACUAAGUCUCUUGGAUUUGCCUUUUUAUAUUUGACUCGUAAUAAGGAUAUUCAGGUAAGAAUGCAACAAGAGCUGGAUGCUGUCAUUGGACGAGGAAGAUUACCUUUAUGGGAGGAUAAGGACCGAUUGCCAUAUUGUGAAUCGGUUAUUUACGAAAGCUUACGUUUCUUCGCUGGUUCGAGUUUUGGCAUCCCUCACCGAGCACUUCGCGACACUCAACUAGCUGGCUACAACAUACCGAAGGAUACAAUGGUUAUAUCUUGUUUCACGGGCAUGUUAAUGGAUGAGAGAAAUUUUGAAGAUGUACGUACGUUCCGUCCUGAGCGUUUUAUUCAGAAUGGAAAGUGUGUGGUACCAGAGCUGUUUGCUCCAUUCGGUGCCAGGCAUCGGCGAUGCAUGGGUGAAAAUAUGGCGAAGCAGAAUCUAUUUUUAUUUAUAACAACUUUAAUACAGAAUUUUACUUUUUGUGUACCUGAAGGGCAACCGAUGCCGGAUGUGACGCCCCAAGAUGGAGCUACACCAAGUGUUAAGCCCUUUACGGCGAAAGUCGUGCCACGUUAAAAUGCAAUUUUAAUAAAUGAUGAUUUUCGUGAUUUUGUGCAAAAUACAUUGAUUAGAGUUAUUGAAGAUGCUUUUUAAUAAAAAAGAAGCAGGUUCUGAAUUUCACGGCGCGUACCCACCACCACCGUACACAUAUUCGAAAGUUGCCCUUCUGAAUGUCAGGCUUAUGCGUUGACCAAAUUCUUCAUUUGUGAUAG